UUGUGAAAAUUACACACGUCGUCACCGCAGCGUCUCUUUUAAUCUGGAUGAACUUCAGAAAGGCAGCUGAAAGGAAGCGUUUAGCAUGUGAGGAUUAUUCUUGUCGACGUUUCUGCAUCUCUUCUCUGGAUUACUCCGGACAGCUGUGGGAUUUCCUUGUCACUUCAGCAUCUUCUUUUCCACUGCUUACAUUGGUGGUUUUCUGAAAGCGUGUCUUGGAUUUUUUGCAUCCACGUUCCUAAAAUCCUAGUGGAUCUCUUCAUGUUUUCACACCUUUGGAUUUGAGCUUCAGUCAGUUGUCCAAUCACCUUCCUGUGACCUCACACCACGCCGCACUCUUUGAAAGCCGUCUCUGGUGGCCUGGUCAAGGUGCGUUGCGGCGGGCCGGGGUCUCCCCCUGCUCCCUAUGACCGUGGCAGGGAGCCGGAGAGCCGCUGGGCCUGGGAGAGAGACGAGAGAGGAGGCCAGCGGAUGGAGAGCAGCGGCUGCAGUCCCUUCCCUCUGUGCUGGGCAAGAGGAGCCUGCGUCUACUCCUACCCUCCCCCUCUGCCAAAAUAUGACGGACAGUUAGCACCCACCAAAGCCAUGGCAGCGGCUUACCUGGACCCCAACCUGACCCAUGCUUUGAACCAGGGGGUCAAGCCUCGCUUCAGUGCAGGGAUGGAGCGGACGGCUGGGGCUCUGGAGCGCGUGCUCAAAAUCUUCCACUACUUCGAGAGCAGUAGUGAACCCUGCAGCUGGGCCAGCAACAUCCGACACGGGGACUCGACUGAUGUCAGGGGCAUUAUACAGAAGAUUUUAGACAUCCAUAAGGUGAGGUGCGUGUCCUGCUUCGGUCUGCGCUUGAGUCAUCUGAGAACAGGAGAAGUUCAUUGGCUUCAUCCAGAUAUGGGCGUUUCUCAUGUGAGGGAGAGGUACGAGCACAGCCAUCCACAGGACGACUGGAGAUAUGAGCUACGGAUUCGAUACUUGCCUAAAGGAUUUUUAAACCAGUUUACUGAGGACCAGCCAACUCUCAACUACUUUUAUCAUCAGGUGAAAAGUGAUUAUAUGAUGGAGAUUGCAGAUCAAGUUGAUCAAGACAUAGCACUUAAACUAGGCUGCCUUGAAAUCAGGAGGUUUUUCAGGGACAUGCCUGGUAACGCCCUGGAUAAGAAAUCAAAUUAUGAAUUAUUAGAGAAGGACGUUGGUCUGCGGAGAUUCUUUCCAAAGAGUUUAUUAGACUCAGUGAAGGCCAAAUCCUUGCGGAAACUGAUCCAACAGACGUUUAAGCAGUUUGCCAAUCUAAACAACGAGCAGUGUAUGCUCAAGUUCUUUGAGAUCCUGUCGCCUAUAUACAGAUUUGAUAAGGAGUGUUUUAAAUGUGCUCUCGGGUCGAGUUGGGUGAUAUCAGUGGAGCUCGCCAUUGGUCCUGAGGAGGGAAUCAGUUAUUUGACAGACAAAGGCUCAAAUCCAACACACCUUGCCAACUUCACUCAAGUGCAGACUAUCCAGUUUGAGGAGCGGGAGAGGAAGGGCAUGCUGCUGUUGGAUGUGGCUGGAGCACCUGAGCCUCUGACUGUAACAACUACUACACUGAACACAGCAGAGAACAUGGCUGAUCUCAUUGAUGGGUACUGUAGACUUGUUAGUGGAACUUCCUCAUCGUAUAUUGUCCGUGUACAGAAAGAAGGAGAGAGAGCACUUCCAUCAAUCCCAAAAGCACCAAAAUCAGCAAACCAUGAGAAGCGGUUGCAAGGAGUCCGCGCCAAAGCCAUUUCCAUCUCAGAUGAUAUUGGUGGGGAUGAAACAGACGACUACGCUGAGAUCAUAGACGAAGAGGACACUUACACCAUGCCUUCCAAAUAUUAUGGACUAGAUGAAGCCCGGGACUAUGAGAUCCAGAGAGACCGAAUCGAGCUGGGACGCUGUAUAGGAGAGGGACAGUUUGGAGAUGUCCAUCAAGGGAUCUACAUAUGUCCGGACACCCCAGCUCUUUCAGUGGCGAUAAAGACGUGUAAGAACUGCACUUCAGACAGCGUUCGAGAGAAGUUCCUCCAGGAGGCCUUGACAAUGCGACAGUUCGAUCACCCUCACAUUGUAAAGCUGAUUGGCGUUAUUACAGAAAACCCAGUGUGGAUCAUCAUGGAGCUUUGCACACUGGGAGAGUUGCGCUCCUUUCUUCAGAUUAGGAAGUACAAUCUGGAUCUAGCAUCACUCAUCCUGUUUUCUUACCAGCUCAGCACAGCCCUCGCAUACCUAGAGAGCAAACGCUUUGUGCACAGGGAUAUUGCAGCACGAAAUGUCCUUGUGUCUUCAGUGGACUGUGUGAAACUGGGAGACUUCGGGCUGUCGAGAUACAUGGAGGACAGUUCUUAUUAUAAAGCCUCUAAAGGAAAACUACCUAUUAAAUGGAUGGCACCAGAGUCAAUAAACUUCAGACGUUUUACCUCAGCCAGCGACGUGUGGAUGUUUGGAGUGUGUAUGUGGGAGAUACUGAUGUAUGGAGUGAAGCCGUUUCAAGGUGUGAAGAAUAAUGAUGUUAUAGGCCGGAUUGAGAAUGGUGAGCGUCUGGCUAUGCCACCAAACUGUCCGCCAACCCUCUACAGCCUGAUGACCAAAUGCUGGGCAUACGACCCCAGCAAACGCCCGCGAUUCACUGAGCUCAAAGGCCAACUGAGUACGAUCCUCGCGGAGGAGAAAGCUCAGCAAGAGGAGCGCAGCCGUAUGGAGAUGAGGAGACAAGUUCCCGUGUCCUGGGACUCUGGAGGAUCAGAUGAAGCACCACCCAAAGGGCCCCGGAUGAGACCCUCAGUCCCCCCUGGUAUUUUCUUCGACCCCUACUAUCCCUCCAUGCAACAGCUGAGCCUCAGCCACGCGCCCUACAGAUUCACACAGCCCAGUCGACCUGGUUAUCCAAGUCCGCGUUCUAGUGAAGGUUUCUACCCUAGUCCUCAGCACAUGGGCCAGCACAAUCAUUACCAGAUGGCAGGGCAUUCUGGCCCACAUGUUCUGCUUUCUGUGCCCGGUGGUCUGUACCCUCCUCAGACCACAGUGACGGGACUUGAUCCGCAUGACAGCUGGAACCAUCGCAGGGCUGCUCAGGAUCACAUGUGGAACCCCAGCAUGGAGGAUGGUGUGACUCUGCGUGGAGGUCUGUCUCAGCUGAUGGAGGAGCAGUUAAUCCUGCAGCAGCAGCAGAUGGAGGAUGACCAGCGCUGGCUGGAGCAGGAGGAGAGACUACUGAAGCCUGAUGGAAGAAGUUCCAGAGGCAGCACUGAGCGUGACGAUGGAAGCCUUCAGGGACCAACUGGAAACCAGCACAUCUACCAACCUAUAGGGAAAGCAGAGCAUGCAGCCCCUCCUAAAAAGCCCCCUCGUCCCGGAGCUCCAAGCCACGCAGCAGGAGUCUCUGGCCUCAACCCUACCGAGAGCUACAAUGAAGGCGUCAAGAUUCAGCCUCAGGAGAUCAAUCCACCCCCAACGGCAAACUUGGAUCGCUCCAACGAUAAAGUGUAUGAAAAUGUGACAGGACUGGUGAAGGCAGUCAUUGAGAUGUCCAGUAAAAUCCAGCCUGCACCACCUGAAGAAUACGUGCCCAUGGUGAAGGAAGUGGGAUUAGCACUGAGAACACUGUUGGCCACAGUGGAUGAGACCAUACCUUUAUUACCAGCUCACACGCACAGAGAGAUCGAAAUGGCCCAGAAGCUUCUAAAUUCAGAUUUGGCUGAGCUGAUAAAUAAGAUGAAGUUGGCCCAGCAGUACGUCAUGACAAGCCUACAGCAGGACUACAAGAAACAGAUGCUAACAGCUGCGCACGCGCUCGCCGUAGACGCCAAGAACCUGCUGGAUGUGAUCGACCAAGCCAGGCUGAAGUUGUUGGGCCAGGCACGACCACAUUAGCCCCCAAAAGAGGACACGUAGACGCACGUGAUGAACACACACACACCAGCACAGACUUGUACACUAAUAUCGGAGUCUCAUGAGCCCCCUUCACUACUCACCCACCCUCACGUUAAGCUACUUGAGCCGGGCUCUGGAUUUAUUUAACGGAUGAGCUGGACCAGACUGGAUCUCCAUGAGGAUGGUGACUGGACGCUGAUGGGAUGAUUCUGAGCUUUAAACCGUCUCUGGAGGGAAAAGAGACACUCUUACACUGUAUCUAAUAUGUCUGUGUUUCAUUGACUGAGACUACACUAAUCUAGAUCCCGCUCCGCUCGGGUUCUGGUUGUGAGAUGGUAGAAGACUCUGUUUUGCACAGUAGAACUGGAGAGAGAGGUCUCGGUUUGGAGAGUCUGGGUUUGCAUUGCUGACUCUCACACUUCUCCUUAGGACUGAGAUAGAGGGAGAGUGUUGUAUAUUUGGGCCUUGUGCCAUCUAGAGGUAAAAUAAAGCUAUGACUGAAUUUAAAAA